GUGGUGGAGGGUGUGGAGGGAGAGUGGAGUGGAGGGAGAGUAGAGUGGAGUGGGUGUGAUGGCGCAGGGUGGGGCAAAGAGAAGCGGCAGUGUGAAAUGGUUCAAUGCCCAGAAGGGCUUCGGCUUCAUCACUCCAGAAGACGGAGGAGAGGAUCUGUUUGUGCACCAAACCUGCAUAAUUUCGGAGGGCUACCGCUGCCUUGCGGAAGGAGAUGUUGUCCAAUUCACAGUGGAGCAUGGCGAUGAUGGCAGGACGAGAGCCGUCGAUGUCACCGGCGGCGGACCCGCUCGGGGAGGCCGCGGAGGGUACGGAUAUGCUGGACGAGGAGGCGGCGGUUAUGGUGGUGGCGGUAGCAGUUAUGGAGGUGGCGGAGGAGGCGGUUAUGGUGGCGGCGGAGGAGGCAGUUAUGGUGGCGGAGGAGGCAGGGGAGGACGAGGCAGAGGCGCUAGUUCUCGCGGCGGAGGGUGUUAUAACUGCGGAGAGGGAGGUCACAUGGCGCGUGAUUGCCCCAAUGGUAGCGCUGGAGGAGGUGGUGGAGGACGGUCUGGCGGGGCUUGCUAUAACUGUGGGGAAGCGGGGCACUUUGCGAGGGACUGUCGAAUCAAGAAUUGAGGGUGUGAUUUGGGUGUUGUUUAGAGUAUGUGGUUUAAUUGUUUGUGGGAAUGAUUUGUGUUUGUCUACUCCAUCCAGGAGAAAGGCCUGAAUAUAUAUUUAGGCUGCCGCUCUCUCUCUCUCUCUCAUGGUAGUUCUGAAUUGUUGUCGACUGUGAACCUUAUGUUUUGUGUGGGCCGAAUACAUGAUUUUGGUCGCCUCGUAUAAUAUCUUAUUCUAACAUUAACAGAA